AUGGCUUCUCCCCGGUUAGAAACCUACUGCUGCCCAAACCGGGAUGCAGCCACGCAGCUCGUGAUGAACUUCCAGCCUGAGGUCUUCUGCGGGGUCUGCAUCGGCAGCGCCUCCGUCAGCGUGCUGCUGACCGUCCUGCAGCUCCUGCCAAAGAAGGGACAGAUCCUGCGGAAGAUGCCCAAAGCUUCCUCCUCCUCCACCAUCCUUCUCCUCAUCUCUGUUUGUGACAUCCUCGGUGGUUUAGGUGUGAUCUUCAGAUCGAGCGUCUGGUUGGGCUUUCCAGGCUUCGUUGCCAACAUCUCGGUGGCGAAUGGGACCGACAUGUGGCCCUCUGCCUUCUGCGUGGGGAGUGCGAUGUGGAUCCAGCUGUUAUAUAGUGCUGGCUUCUGGUGGUUGUUUUGCUAUGCUGUUGAUUCCUACUUGGUGGUAAGAAGAUCAGCAGGACUGAGUACGAUCGUGCUGUACCACAUGAUGGCCUGGGGCCUGGCGGUCCUGCUCUGCGUGGAGGGAGUGGCGCUGCUUUACUACCCGUCCCUUUCCAGUUGUGAAAAAGGCCUGGAGCAUGCAAUCCCCCAUUACAUCACAACCUACGCCCCACUCCUGCUAGUGCUGGUGGUCAACCCGAUCCUGUUUAGAAGGACAGUAUCUGCAGUUGCCUCUUUACUGAAAGGCAGACAAGGGAUUUACACAGAGAAUGAGAGACGUCUGGGGACAGAGAUCCAGAUGCGCUUUUUCAAAAUUAUGCUGGUAUUCAUUGUUUGCUGGUCAUCUAAUAUCGUCAAUGAGAGCCUUUUGUUCUAUCUUGAAAUGCAGCCAGAUAUCAAUGAAAUGCCUCUGAAAAACAUUAGAAGUGCUGCACUGUUCACAUGGAUUAUAAUGGGGAUUCUUAAUCCGAUGCAAGGCUUCCUCUUCACAUUGGCUUUCUAUGGCUGGACGGGAUGCAGAGUGGACCUGAAAUGGCAGAUGAGAGAAAUACCCUGGGAAUCGAUGUCCUCGUCAACUGUGGGUGAAAAUGCCUAUCCCUCACCUGUGAACUACCAAACCAACCUCCAUGAUCCAAAGAAGUUAUCAACAACUGACAGCCAGCAGACUGAUGAGGCUAUAAGCAUGUUGUCUGAAGGUAACACCAGUGGUGAUGACAGGUUAACCAGGAGCUCUCCCAUCUACCAGGGCUGGUAGUUUAUAGGUGCAGAGCUGAAUCUCACUUCUCCCAUUGUCAAGACUCAUAAAACCACAGCACUGUGUGAACCAUUGCUGACUCUGUAAUUUGGUUUGUGCCUAAUGGCUCGAUGUCAUUUCUUAUGUGUGUGUGAGAGAGAGCAUGUGAGAUGCAGAGAAAUUAUGGUUAAUGUCUUCAUUUGCCUUAUAGGAGAUGUGUAGAAAGGUAUAAAGGCCCGAUAAGGUUUUAGCAGGAGUAUAUCUCUGCAAGGAUCUGUGUUACUUAUGUUUCAUCUGUUUUCUUUUAAUCUUUCUUGUAACCUGAAUAUGGUAGAAGAGUCUUUUCUUUAAUAAACAGACUAUUAAUAUGUUGGAUUUUUA